UAGGUAACUGAAAUGUCGAACCUGACCCCUUUUUCUUCCCGAUUCAUACAUGAACCUGAUCCCUAUUUCAUCCCGAUUCACACCUCAGACGAUUGACAUAUCCCCACGCGAUCAACGCUCAACUGGUGUAAGUUUAUGUUAUUUAGCCGUUCUUUACUGGUCAAGAGUAGUUGCGCUGGAGAGAGCUAUCGAAUCUAGAGAGAGAGAGAUGGGGCUAGGGAAGGCGACAGACUCUGCUAGGGAGACAUUGCUGGAGGAUCUGAUAAGGAGAGCAGGUGGGUGCGCUGUGAUCGACGGAGGUCUGGCCACCCAGCUUGAUAAGCACGGUGCAGCCAUUAACGAUCCUCUCUGGAGCGCUCUUUGCCUUAUCAAAAACCCCGAACUCGUCCAACGGGUUCAUUUCGAAUACCUUGAGGCUGGCGCAGAUAUAUUGUUGACAUCCUCCUAUCAGGCAACAAUUCCAGGAUUUUUGUCCAAGGGACUAUCAAUUGGAGAAGCAGAAAUUCUUCUUCAAAAGAGCGUCAUAUUGGCUCUGGAAGCCCGUGAUAAGUUCUGGGCUGUUGCACAAAAGAUCCCUGAGCGCAGUUACAACCGUGCUUUGGUUGCUGCGUCUCUCGGAAGCUACGGGGCUUAUCUUGCAGAUGGUUCAGAGUACAGUGGGUGUUAUGGACCAGAUGUGAGCCUGGACAAGUUGAAGGAUUUCCAUAGGCAUCGAUUGCAAGUUCUUGUGGAAGCAGGUCCAGACUUGCUUGCGUUUGAGACCAUACCCAAUAAACUUGAAGCUCAGGCCUGUGUUGAGCUACUUGAUGAAGAACAAGUCCAAA